AUGGGAACGCCUGGAGCUGCGGACGAGUCGGCGCUCACCGUCGACCGGGCGCGGGCGCUGCUGCGCGGCGGCGCGGACUCUUCGGCCGGCGAGCCGUCGGCCCUCGAGCGGGCGCGCGUCCUCUGCUCGUGGGGCGAGUCGGAUCCGACCGCUGCGGCCCUCGGCUCCACCGUCGUGAUCCACUCUCUCAUCUCGCGGCCUUCGAUGAACGGCAAGGUUGGCGUCGUCGUCUACGUGUUUCGCCCUCUCGCAAACGCUUCGACGGGACGCUUCGGCGUGCGCGUGGCGGGCGAGGCCAAGGCCCUCGCGCUGCGGCGCGCUAUGCAAUGGUCUCUCCCCGACUCGCCGGAUCCUCUCUUUGACACACCUCUGCCCUCCCUCAGGCCGGCCAACCUGCAGCCAGCGGCCGAGGCGGUGGAGGUGGGCAGGCUCAUCCUCAAGGCGGCGGAGUGGUCGCCGCAGUCGCACGAGCUCUUCCCGACAGCGGCUCGCAAGCGGGCGGUCGAGGUGAUGCGGCUGGGCUACCUGAUCGCUUGGGACGAGGAGCGCUUCGAUAGCCGCGAGGGAGCGGCUCCGGGGCUGGUGGACCUCUGGCGCAGCUUUGUGCUGCCAAGGGUGGUGGUGCGAUGA